AUGGCGAUUAAAGAUGGUUGUGGCACAAGCUUCUGGUUGGACCGGUGGGUGGGGGACGGUGAGCCACUGCUGGAUCGGGCCUUGGAUUCCGCCCGCAACCUUGACCCCGGGCAGCCUGUCGCCGCGUUUGUGAAUACCCGAGGUGAGUGGAAUGUUGAGUUAUUGGCAGAAUUUUUACCCCCGGAUGCUAUCUCGCAGGUGAUUGGGGUUCAACCUCCUAUUGCUGGGUCGGGUGAGGAUGUCGCCAUCUGGUUCCCUGAAGAUGAUGGGAGGUUCCGUGUGCGCUCUGCUUAUGAUUUAGCAAUCAACGAGGAGGAGCUGGCACGGGACUUCGACUGGCGCACCAUCUGGCGGUGGGAGGGGCCUGCCCGCAUUAGACAUUUCCUGUGGCUAGCUGCUCGGGAACGCUUGUUGACAAACGAAGAACGAGGUCGGCGCCAUCUUACGGAGGAUACUGCUUGCCCCCUUUGCCGAACAGAUUCCGAGUCGGUCCUGCAUGUGUUGCGGGAUUGCAGUUUUUCCAGGUUAAUAUGGUUGCAGCAAAUCCCUUCUUCUGAAUGCCAACCCUUCUUCGGAGCGAACUUGCAUGAUUGGUUACUUCACAACCUCCGGAGCCAGAGUAACAGCCUCGAGUUUGGUAUUACCUGCUGGUCCCUGUGGAGGACCAGAAAUGAUCGCGUCUUCGCAGGCAAGAUCAUCACCCCUGAAACCUUCUUGCACCGUGUCCGGGCUUGGAUACCUGUAGUGAGGAAUGCCUUGGACAAGGACAGGCUCAUCAAUAAGCCUAGUCCGCCUGCUAGAACGGAGUUGAGAGGCCUCGGCGCUGCUGGUGGCCUUAUCCGCGAUCAUAUAGGACGUUGUCUUUCAGCGUUCACUUUGAACCUGGGUGCGUGCACUAUAACCCAGGCCGAGUUGAGAGGUGCAGUGGAAGGUUUACAGGUGGUGUGGGACAGGGGUUAUCGCAAGGUGCGGGUCCAGCUUGAUUCGCAGUGCCCCGUCCACCUCAUUGGCCGGACCGAUACCGAGGAGCAUCAUUGUGCAGCUAUCCUAGCUCGGUUCAGAGAGCUCAUGUCUAGACCCUGGGAAGUGGAAGUAGAGCAUGUGUAUAGAGAAGGUAAUAGAUGUGCUGAUUUUCUGGCUAGUCGUGGGCAUGUGGUCCCAUUUGGUUUUCAUGAGGUUGUAAGCUCCGACCCGAUGCUUUCGUAUUGGAUCAUGUAUGACUGUCAGGGGGUCUCCGAACCCCGGUUGGUUUUGAAUGAAAGAUAG